UCAGACUAAGGAAGGAAAGAGUUCCAUUUCAGAAUCUCUAGCUUUAAGAAAGGCUAAGCAAGCACACAGAGGAAGGAGAUCACGGGGAAGGAAGAAAACUGCCAGUGUGGGUCAGAGAAAGAAGCUUCCUACUUCUCCAGGGACAGACUCUAAGGGGAACAGGCCUGCACACCAUGCUGAGGGAGACCUGGCUAUGUGUUAUCCUUGUAGCCUUUGUCAGCCACCCAGUGUGGCUGCAGAAGCCUCAUAAACGCAAGACACAGCUCAAAGCAGCGGGCUGCUGUGAGGAGAUGAGGGAGCUCAAAGCCCAGGUGGCCAACCUCAGCAGUCUGCUGGGAGAGCUGAGCAGGAAGCAGGAGAGCGACUGGGUCAGUGUGGUCAUGCAGGUGAUGGAGCUGGAGAGCAGCAGCAAGCACAUGGAGUCUCGGCUCAGCACUGCCGAGAGCAAGUACUCUGAGAUGAACAACCAGAUUGACAUCAUGCAGCUGCAGGCUGCGCAGACCGUCACGCAGACCUCGGCAGAUGCCAUCUAUGACUGUUCUUCCCUGUACCAGAAGAACUACCGAAUCUCUGGAGUGUACAAGCUUCCUCCUGACGAGUUCCUGGGGAGCCCUGAGCUAGAGGUGUUCUGUGACAUGGAAACUUCAGGAGGAGGCUGGACCAUCAUCCAGAGACGUAAGAGUGGCCUUGUCUCCUUCUACCAAGACUGGAGACAGUAUAAGCAAGGGUUUGGCAGCAUCCGAGGUGACUUCUGGCUGGGGAAUGAACAUAUCCACCGGCUCACCAGGCAGCCAAGCCGGCUUCGUGUGGAGCUGGAGGACUGGGAGGGCAAUGCACGCUACGCAGAGUAUAGCUACUUUGCGUUGGGCAAUGAACUGAACAGCUACCGCCUCUUCCUGGGGAACUACAGUGGCAACGUGGGGAAGGACGCCCUCCUCUACCAUAACAACACCGUCUUCAGCACCAAGGACAAGGACAACGACAACUGCUUGGACAAGUGCGCACAGCUCCGAAAAGGUGGCUACUGGUACAACUGCUGCACAGACUCCAACCUCAAUGGGGUGUACUACCGCCUUGGCGAGCACCGAAAGCACAUGGAUGGCAUCAGCUGGUAUGGCUGGCAUGGAGCCAACUAUUCCCUCAAACGUGUGGAAAUGAAGAUCCGCCCAGAAGCCUUCAAGCCCUGAGAGAAGGCAGACACUGAGGAGGGAGAACAGCAUGGGAGGAGGAGGUGGACACAGGGUAGGAGGGAACAGUUUAUCAUCCAGGAGCACAAUAUAACUUUACCUGUGUGAGCACACACACACAAUAGAACCACACGUGCCAACAGUGCACACUAGCAGAUGGAGCCAGGCGGACCCAGUGGGGCCUGCCACGGUGCCUCACGGGAGAACUCAUGGACAACGGUAACCCUGAGGUCACUUAACCCAUUUUCCCUAACUGAGGCUUAGAUGACACGAGGGAAAAGAACAAAUAAAAACCUGGUGUGAUUCUCAGCGGAGAGGCUGUGAGAAAUGAAAGAAAGCAGGUGGUGGAGAAGGGGCUUCCAAGUCUUACCCCGCGACACUUCCUUGUGUCUAUAGUAUUUGUUUUGUUUUUCUUUUUGAGACAGGGUCUCUCUACACAGCUCUUUCUGUCCUGGAACUCACUAUGUAGACCAGGCUGACCUUGAACUCACAGAGAUCUACCUGCUUCUGCCUCCCAAGUACAGGGAUUAAAGGCAUGUACCACCAUACCCAGUAUAUAUAAUUUUUAAGACACAAAAAACAUGGAGAUAGAGAGCAGCUGCCCAGGUGUCUCCGGGGGGGCCUUGUUGUCAGAGUCCUGGGGGAGAGAGGAGCACUGGACAACAUGCUGCGGGUCUGACGUGGCGAGAACACCAGCCGGAGGUGAGCACAGACUCUGGGUGAUCACAAUACUGCCUUCAAACAUCCUCAGUCAAAAACCAAAAGAUCCCCUUUAAUAAAAAUGCUUGGAAAAUGAAGGUAGAUGGCGCUGUGGUUUAAAACUUGUGAUGUAUAUAGAAGCAUCUUCCUUGUAAAAAUAAAAUAUUGUAAUUCCU